AUGAGCCGCCAUUUCUUCUAUUAUUGUGGUGAACCUACCCUGGAUGUGAAGAUUGCCUUUUGUCAGGUGUCUUUCCUUUCUGUAUUUCUAACUCUCCCUCCCUACCCCCUUCCCUCUUCCCCUUCUUCUGCACCACAGGGAUUUGGGAAACAAGUGGAUGUGUCAUACCUUGCCAAACAUUACAACAUGAGCAAAAGCAAAGUGGACAACCAGUUCUACAGUGUGGAAGUAGGUGACUCGACCUUCACAGUCCUCAAACGCUACCAGAACUUGAAACCUAUUGGCUCUGGGGCUCAGGGAAUUGUUUGUGCUGCCUAUGAUGCUGUCCUGGACAGAAAUGUGGCCAUCAAGAAGCUCAGCAGACCAUUCCAGAACCAAACCCACGCCAAGAGAGCUUACAGGGAGCUGGUCCUGAUGAAGUGUGUGAACCACAAAAACAUUAUCAGUUUAUUAAAUGUCUUCACGCCACAGAAAUCUCUGGAGGAGUUCCAGGAUGUUUACCUGGUGAUGGAGCUGAUGGAUGCCAACCUGUGCCAGGUCAUUCAGAUGGAGCUAGACCACGAGCGAAUGUCUUACCUGCUGUACCAGAUGCUCUGUGGGAUCAAGCACCUCCACUCUGCAGGAAUCAUUCACAGGGACCUCAAACCAAGUAAUAUCGUGGUAAAAUCUGACUGCACAUUGAAGAUCCUGGAUUUUGGGCUGGCCAGGACUGCAGGCACCAGCUUCAUGAUGACUCCCUACGUGGUGACACGUUACUACAGGGCACCAGAGGUCAUCUUGGGAAUGGGCUACAAGGAGAACGUGGACAUAUGGUCCGUGGGAUGCAUUAUGGGAGAAAUGGUUCGCCACAAAAUACUCUUUCCAGGAAGGGACUAUAUCGAUCAGUGGAACAAAGUGAUCGAGCAGCUGGGCACGCCCUGUCCGGAGUUCAUGAAGAAGCUGCAGCCCACCGUGAGGAACUACGUGGAGAACAGACCCAAGUACGCCGGCCUCACCUUCCCCAAGCUCUUCCCAGACUCUCUCUUCCCAGCUGACUCAGAACACAAUAAACUCAAAGCCAGCCAAGCCAGGGACCUUCUAUCAAAGAUGCUGGUGAUUGACCCUGCCAAGAGAAUAUCAGUAGAUGAAGCCUUACAGCACCCCUACAUUAAUGUCUGGUACGACCCAGCAGAGGUGGAGGCGCCCCCUCCUCAGAUAUAUGACAAACAGCUGGAUGAAAGGGAACACACAAUCGAGGAGUGGAAAGAACUCAUCUACAAGGAAGUAAUGAAUUCAGAAGAAAAGACUAAAAAUGGUGUAGUAAAAGGCCAGCCUUCUCCUUCAGGUGCAGCAGUGACCAGCAGCGAAAGCCUCCCUCCCUCCUCCUCUGUCAACGACAUCUCGUCCAUGUCCACGGAUCAAACCCUGGCGUCCGACACGGACAGCAGCCUGGAAGCUUCUGCAGGACCCCUCGGGUGUUGCAGGUGA